AGACCCUGAAGAAGCACCGCCUGGCAUUGGAAGCUGUGGGCUUUGGAUUGGCUUGGAAAAGGUUUACUCCCCAAAGUGCGGUACAAGGAGAGACAAGAGCAGUCAACCCCACCCAGCCUACAAAAAGCAGCUAGGAUGGCCACAGCAAGCACCUCAGGACAAAGCACCUUUGGGCUUGGAAGGAAGAAGAAGAACCCCAGUGUCAUGGAUCAGAUUAGCCAGUUCUUUGGAGGGGACAAAAAGAAGAGAAGCAAGGGGUCAUUCAGGGGUCAUCUGGCCUCAUCGCCCCAGCAAUCCUCCACUCGUCGCCGGGCUAACGAAAAUGCUGUCAUGCAUUUCUUCAGGAGCUUUGUAUCCUCUCCUCGUCCUAAAUCCAGGUGGAGGGAAGUCUUGGGCUUGGCUUCGUCACCGCGUGCGGAGAGCACAAAGUCCCCCCUCAGACGCCGCAGAGACCAAAGCACGCUGUCCAGACUCUUCAACCUGGGAGAAACCAAGUCCCGUCCACCCCCUAAACGCUGGAGCACCAUCUUCUAAGCUCUCCACCGAAGACCAAACCAUGGAUUUGCAAGAGACGGAACAGGACCAAGGAGAGAAAGGAGAUCUGCCUUUGGAGGACUCACAACCUCAAGAAAUAUUAACCCACUAACAUACGUCUCCUUUAUUUCAAGGCGGUGACACAACAUCGGUAGAGCGGCAUCUGGUACACUGGGAUGAGGGUUGUCACAGAGCAAGAGACCCGAGUAAGUGCAUUUCAGUAGAUGUCUCCGGUGCCAUAGUUGCUGUGUAAUCUUAAUUCUGCAGGUUAUUUCUCUACACCUCACUGUAUUUACCCUCCUGAGGCUUUCCUAGGUUUCUGUAAUGCCAUAUUGAAGUAUUUCUACUGUAAAAUCACGGUCAGUGGGCUAUUUUCAUGUGACCCACCCCAAAAUCUUGGUCUGAUGGUGCUAAUGUCUGCUGUCUACUGUCAAAAGUUUGUUCAAAGUAGAUGUUUGUUUUUUUCUAUUUGUGUUCUGUUGUCUGCAUUUUUGUACAUGCACGGCGCUCUGUGUAUCUCGCUGCUUUGGGGAACACCACUGACUGACAAACCCACCUCUGUUUUCUUUUGUAUGUCCGCAUCGGCGUGUUAACUGGACUGAGAAUGUUUGUUGUUGUUGUAGUUGUGCAUGAAUAAAACAUAAGUUGUAAGGAAAUGCAUUUGAAAAAUACAACUGGAAACCUAUACACAGGCAGCAUGGACUCUAAUCUUGUUUUACCAAAUUAUCUUUGUUUAGUUUAGCAUCUCAAUCCAAUAAUGUCAUUAACAACCAUGUGUAGUUCUGUGCUUUUCAUGUUAGUCAAGUGAAUAGAAUGCCCUUGUUAAGUGCACUGUUACGAAACUGAAGAAACUCCUAAACACAAUUGAUAUGCUCCCAUACAUAUAUAUAAAGAUGCUGAAUCUGUUGCAUUUACUACAGUUAUGUUUUCUAAAUUGUGUUAGUUUGAAGUUUUAAUGACAUUCGCAGCCUCUCAAGAAGUUUUGAAACAAAAGGUCUGUUUCAGUCGAUGGUCAGAUGGCAAGUUGUUAAAAGGUCAGAGUGGUUAGCGGUACGGUGGUAUCAUGACAUGGGUACUGAAGGACAGUAUGUUUCCUGCAAAAUUUCUGCCAAGUGAUUUCUCACUUUUGUGUAUAGUUAAUGAUGUCGCCAAUCUCAUUUGUACAUGGGCUAUGUGCAUGUUCCCUGCAACCGUGUAGUCAGUAUAAGAAAUAUUAAGAUGCCAGAAAGUGAUUCUUGGAAAAUCGAGUGUUGUGUUACCUCAUAUUGUUAAGCUAUCUUUUGUAAUGUUCUGCCUAACUUGCAAUAAACGUAUUUUGUCCUUUC